ACGCCCCCACUAACGCCGCCGGCCCCUCCCGAGGAAUCAUGGACCGUGAAGUCCUUUGAUGGCCACACCCUCGUUUGUUCUCAUGGAAGUGGGAACUACGCCUCCCAGAAUGCCCCGGUUAGGCCGCCUCCACGGGCGCCCUCUUCUCCGCCCCCUUUUGUGCGCAGACUCCUGGGAAGUACAGUCCCAGAUCCGAGCCUGCGCGUCGGUCAGAGGGAGCCAGAAAACUACAAACCCCAGAAGGCCUCGCGCCCACGCUUCUCCCUCCCCUUCGGGAGUCGGAGUGCUGUUUUUGUUGUUGGUGAAAGGUGAGGGAACAGCUGAUCCGUCUGUGGGGAGGGCAGGAUGGAAGAAUCAUCAUUAAGCCGGGCACCAUCCCGGGGUGGAGUCAACUUUCUGAAUGUAGCCCGGACCUACAUUCCCAACACCAAGGUGGAAUGUCACUACACCCUUCCCCCAGGCACCAUGCCUAGUGCCAGUGACUGGAUUGGCAUCUUCAAGGUCGAGGCUGCCUGUGUUCGGGAUUACCACACGUUCGUGUGGUCUUCAGUGCCUGAAAGUACAACUGAUGGUUCCCCCAUCCACACCAGUGUCCAGUUCCAAGCCAGCUACCUGCCUAAGCCAGGAGCCCAGCUCUACCAGUUCCGAUAUGUGAACCGCCAGGGCCGGGUGUGUGGGCAGAGCCCGCCUUUCCAGUUCCGAGAGCCAAGGCCCAUGGAUGAACUGGUGACCCUGGAGGAGGCUGAUGGCGGCUCUGACAUCCUGCUGGUUGUCCCCAAGGCAACUGUGCUGCAGAACCAGCUGGAUGAGAGCCAGCAAGAACGGAAUGACCUGAUGCAGCUGAAGCUGCAGCUGGAGGGGCAGGUGACAGAGCUGAGGAGCCGAGUGCAGGAGCUCGAGAGGGCCCUGGCAACCGCCAGGCAGGAGCACGCAGAGCUGAUGGAGCAGUACAAGGGGAUUUCCCGGUCCCAUGGGGAAGUUACAGAAGAGAGGGACAUCCUGAGCCGGCAGCAGGGAGACCAUGUGGCGCGCAUCCUGGAGCUGGAGGAUGACAUCCAGACCAUCAGUGAGAAAGUACUGACGAAGGAGGUGGAGCUGGACAGGGUUAGAGACACAGUGAAGGCUCUGACUCGGGAACAGGAGAAGCUCCUUGGGCAACUGAAGGAGGUACAAGCAGACAAGGAACAAAGCGAGGCUGAGCUCCAAAUGGCACAACAGGAGAACCGUCGCUUAAAUUUGGAGCUGCAGGAGGCCAAGGGUCGACAAGAGGAACAGGGUGCCCAGGCCCAGCGACUGAAGGACAAGGUGGCCCAGAUGAAGGACACACUAGGGCAGGCCCAGCAGCGGGUGGCUGAGCUGGAGCCCCUGAAGGAGCAGCUUCGAGGGGCCCAGGAACUUGCAGCCUCCAGCCAGCAAAAGGCCGCCCUGCUCGGGGAGGAGCUGGCCAGCGCAGCGGCAGCCCGGGACCGCACCAUAGCCGAGCUUCACCGCAGCCGCCUGGAGGUGGCCGAAGUCAGUGGCAGGCUAGCUGAGCUCAGUUUGCACUUGAAGGAGGAAAAAUGCCAGUGGAGCAAGGAGCGGGCAGGGCUGCUGCAGAGUGUGGAGGCAGAGAAGGACAAGAUCCUGAAACUGAGUGCAGAGAUACUUCGCCUGGAGAAGGCAGUUCAGGAGGAGAGGACCCAGAGUCAAGUGUUGAAGACCGAAUUGGGCCGGGAAAAGGACUCUAGCCUGGUGCAACUGUCAGAGAGUAAGCGGGAGCUGACAGAGCUGCGAUCAGCCCUGCGUGUGCUCCAGAAGGAAAAGGAGCAGUUGCAGGAGGAGAAGCAGGAACUGCUGGAGUACAUGAGAAAGCUGGAGGCCCGCCUGGAGAAGGUGGCAGAUGAGAAGUGGAAUGAGGACACUGCCACAGAGGACGAGGAGGCCGCUGCGGGGCUGAACGGCCCAGCAGCUCUGACAGACUCGGAGGACGAGUCUCCAGAAGACAUGAGGCUCCCGCCCUAUGGUCUGUGUGAGCAUGGAGACCCAGGCUCCUCUCCCGCCGGGCCCCGAGAGGCUUCUCCCCUCGUGGUCAUCAGCCAGCCGGCUCCCAUCGCCCCCCACCUCUCAGGACCCACCGAAGACAGUAGCUCUGACUCGGAGGCUGAAGAUGAGAAGUCGGUCCUGAUGGCAGCUGUGCAGAGCGGGGGUGAGGAAGCCAACCUGCUGCUUCCUGAACUGGGCAACACCUUCUAUGACAUGGCCAGCACCAUCUUCCGCGGAGCCCAAAUUGCCCUGCAUCCCCUCUCUCCUGCCCCUACCCUUUCCCCAACCACCAGUGGCUUUGCAGUGGGUCCCCUGUCAGAGGCCAGCACUGGGGGCCCUGCCACUCCCCCAUGGAAGGAGUGUCCUAUCUGUAAGGAGCGCUUCCCUGCUGAGAGUGACAAGGAUGCCCUGGAGGACCACAUGGAUGGACACUUCUUUUUCAGCACCCAGGACCCCUUCACCUUUGAGUGAUCUCACCCUCCCCGCCAGCACACGUACACACACACACACACACACACACACACACACACACACACACACACACACAUACUCAUGCACAGAUGUACACUUAGGCCCCUUGCCUUUUUUCCAUCACACUGGGCUCCAUGAUACUCUUCCCUGAGAGCCGCUUCUGUGUGCCCUGUUUUCAUCCCAAGCUUUCUCACCUCAUCCUCUCCUCCCUGGCUUUUUUGUCCCAGGCAGGGGUCCUUCUCAGAAGCAGUGGCCGAAUUGACCCCCUGAAAGCAGUUUUGGAGGAACCGGGAUGGAGGAGGCUUCCCCUGUGGGAAUAGAAUCAUCCACUCCCAGCCCUGGUUGCUUCUGAUCCUCACACAGCCACCGCAUACACACUCACACCCACAUCCCUCGCUGAUGCCCCAGAGCUGUUCCUGGGGCACCCAUCCUCCCCCACGUGGGGCUUAUGUAUGUUUGCCUGAGUUUUCUCUGGGGCCUGCAUGGAGGAACAGCAUGGACAUCAUGACCUCUCAGGUCCCCUUCGGUUCUCAGCCCCCUCGGUUCCUCUUUCCGUUCCCUCAUUGCCUUCCGCACCCACCCCGGCCUCUUCCCUAGCCUUAGAUAUUAAGUGUGGAGGUUUCUUUUGUAUUUUUGAGGAUCCCUGUACUCUGUCUCCUGCCCACCCCCCACCCCGUUCCUCACAAGGAAAGAAAUAAUGUAUUUGUGCCUUCUGUGAGGGAUGGGGGGAUCAGGUGGUCUGAGGUGUCCCCAUGUCCCAGCCCUCCUCCCUCUCCAGGUCUCCCCACAGCAAUAAGAGCUUCCCCUAAAGCCUUCCCCUCUAUCUGUAGUUUGGACAAAUAUAUUUAUAUGAUAUGUACAAUUGUUGCCAUAAAAUGUGUUCUUAUCAUCAGGCGUGACUAGAA